GUAAACAAUACUUCAUCUACAGCUGAGCCCAAAAAGGGGGAAAAAAAAAAAAAAACUUCAUUUACAGAAGAGACAAUCCAGAAAGGCAGAACUCAGGUCCAGAGGUCUGUAGUCAAAGAAAGAAGCUGCCAUUGAAGAGUUUGUGCAUCUGGGGCUAGAUUUGUGUGUGUGAAACUUAUAGGGUUUUGUUGAAUCUUCGGAGGUCUCUUGCGCGAUUUGGUUUCUGGGUUUGUACAGCAGCUGCAGCUAAGACACGUCACACUGGGUUUUGUAACAUUUUUGGAGGUUUCUUGGAGAUUUGGUUUUGGGGUUUGUACAGCUAAGACACUUCAAACAGGAUUCAGGAGUGAAGGUCAAGCUUUGAGAGUUCUUGGAGCAGAUGAUGCCUGAAAUAUGCCUAGGAAGCCUCCUCCUUUUCGUAGGCAUGAUGUUUUCCAAUGCGGCAGGUGCAUUCGUGGGAAUUAACAUAGGCACUGAUGUUUCCACCAUGCCUCCAGCUUCAGAAGUGGUUGCCAUUCUUAAAUCCAAUCAGAUAACUCAUGUGCGCCUUUUCGACACGGAUGCUCAAAUGCUGAGUGCUCUCGCAGGCACUGGCAUUGAAGUCAUGGUCAGCGUUACGAACGAAGAAGUCCUAGGGAUUGGACUAUCGCCCUCAACAGCCGCGACCUGGGUAAAUAAAAAUGUCGCCGCUUACUUGCCUUUCACCAAUAUCACAGCCAUUGCCGUAGGUAGCGAGGUCCUUACUUCUAUCCCAAAUGCCGCUCCCAUUUUGGUUCCCGCCAUGAAUUACGUUUACAAAGCCCUAGUCGCUUCCAACCUAAAUUAUCAGGUCAAAGUGUCGACCCCACAGUCCAUGGAAUUACUUUCUAAGCCCCCCUUUCCUCCAUCGACUACCAGCUUCAACGCCACAUGGAACUCUACAAUUUUCCAGCUCCUCCAGUUUUUGAGAAACACCAAUUCUUAUUACAUGUUGAAUGCAUAUCCUUAUUAUGGGUACAUCAACAGCAACGGAAUCUUUCCGAUCGAGUACACCCUUUUUCAAGAGCUUCCUGCGGUCAAGGAGAUUGUUGACCCAAAUACACUUUUCAACUAUGACAGCAUGUUUGAUGCUAUGGUGGAUGCUACGUAUAAUGCUAUAGCAGCUUUCAAUUUUUCAGGGAUCCCAAUUGUGGUGACCGAAUCUGGGUGGCCCUGGCUCGGUGGGCCCAAUGAAACUGCUGCCAAAACAGAGAAUGCCAAAAUCUACAACAAUAACUUGAUCGUCCGUGUUCUAAAUGGAUCAGGGCCGCCUAGUCAGCCGGCUGUUCCCAUUAACACGUAUAUAUGUGAGUUGUUCAAUGAAGACGAUAGAUCAGGGCCCGUCUCGAAGAGAAACAUGGGCCUCUUUUUUACCAAUGGGACCGCUGUUUAUCCUGUGAGACUGAGUACUUCCGAAAGAAUAUCAGGGAAUGCAACGGUUUUUUGUGUUGCCAUACAAGGCGCGAAUGCCACUGCAUUGCAAAAUGGACUGAAUUAUGCUUGUUGGGAAGGUGGCGCCAACUGCAGUGCUAUUCAACCUGGGCAGCUGUGUUAUAACCCUGAUACUCUUCAAAACCAUGCUUCUUUUGCUUAUAAUGAUUAUUAUCAAAAGAUGCAGAGUCUCGGUGGAACCUGUGACUUUGAUGGUACUGCCACGACAACUAGUGUUGAUCCCAGUUAUGGAUCCUGUAUUUACUCCGGCGGCCUGUCGGCCGGGGGAGGAAGCAGCCGCGGCGGAAGAUCAUGGCCUUCGACGACGUCGGUUUCAUGUUCAGGAAAGAGAAUACAAAAGGAGAUGGCCGACCUCAACAUGGACCCACCUUCUGACUGCUCCGCUGGCCCCAAAGGCGACAAUCUUUAUCACUGGGUCGCCACCAUUAUUGGCCCUCCAGGAACACCAUAUCAAGGUGGCUUAUUUUUUCUUGACAUAACUUUUCCAAGUGAUUAUCCAUUCAAUCCUCCUAAGGUGGUUUUUAAAACUCGUAUCUACCACUGCAAUGUUGAUUCCACGGGCACCGUGAGUUUGGACAUCUUGAAGGAUGGUUGGAGUCCGGCCCUAACAAUCUCAAAGGUGCUUCUUGCGGUCAGAUCUAUUUUCACAACCCCUGACCCAUGUAAUCCAGUUAUUCCUGGCAUUUCUCGCUUGUACUUGGCAGACAGAGCUAAACAUGAUGAAUUAGCUGCAGAAUGGACCCUCCGAUUUGCAAGGUGAAUUUUAUGACACUUCGCUUAUUAAAACAUUUGUAUCCUUAAUUAGCAAAAUAGUAGUUGGUUUUAUUUACACAACCAGCACCUUGCAUCAUAUUUAAUGAUGUCUCAGUUGUAAAUACGAAUUAUACGUUGCAGUUGAUUUCUUCUGUUUGAA